AUGACACACCGUCUGGGACAUGGCCCGGGCGGCAUGACACCCCGUCUGGGACAUGACACGGGCGGCAUGAGACCCCGUCUGGGACAUGACACGGGCGGCAUGACACACCGUCUGGGACAUGACACGGGCGGCAUGACACCCCGUCUGGGACAUGACACGGGCGGCAUGACACCCCGUCUGGGACAUGACACGGGCGGCAUGACACCCCGUCUGGGACAUGACACGGGCGGCAUGACACCCCGUCUGGGACAUGGCACGGGCGGCAUGACACCCCGUCUGGGACAUGACACGGGCGGCAUGACACCCCGUCUGGGACAUGGCACGGGCGGAAUGACACCCCGUCUGGGACAUGACACGGGCGGCAUGACAGCCCGUCUGGGAUAUGACACGGGCGGCAUGACACCCCGUCUGGGUCAUGACACGGACGGCAUGACAGCCCGUCUGGGACAUGGCACGGGCGGCAUGACACCCCGUCUGGGACAUGGCACGGGCGGCAUGACACCCCGUCUGGGACAUGACACGGAUGGCAUGACACCCCGUCUGGGACAUGGCACGGGCGGCAUGACACCCCGUCUGGGACAUGACACGGGCGGCAUGACACCCCGUCUGGGACAUGGCACGGGCGGCAUGACACCCCGUCUGGGACAUGACACGGGCGGCAUGACACCCCGUCUGGGACAUGACACGGGCGGCAUGACACCCCGUCUGGGACAUGACACGGGCGGCAUGACACCCCGUCUGGGACAUGGCACGGGCGGCAUGACACCCCGUCUGGGACAUGACACGGGCGGCAUGACACCCCGUCUGGGACAUGGCACGGGCGGCAUGACACCCCGUCUGGGACAUGACACGGGCGGCAUGACACCCCGUCUGGGACAUGGCACGGGCGGCAUGACACCCCGUCUGGGACAUGGCACGGGCGGCAUGACACCCCGUCUGGGACAUGACACGGGCGGCAUGACACCCCGUCUGGGACAUGGCACGGGCGGCAUGACACCCCGUCUGGGACAUGGCACGGGCGGCAUGACACCCCGUCUGGGACAUGGCACGGGCGGCAUGACACCCCGUCUGGGACAUGACACGGGCGGCAUGACACCCCGUCUGGGACAUGGCACGGGCGGCAUGACACCCCGUCUGGGACAUGACACGGGCGGCAUGACACCCCGUCUGGGACAUGGCACGGGCGGCAUGACACCCCGUCUGGGACAUGACACGGACGGCAUGACACCCCGUCUGGGACAUGGCACGGGCGGCAUGACACCCCGUCUGGGACAUGGCACGGGCGGCAUGACACCCCGUCUGGGACAUGACACGGAUGGCAUGACACCCCGUCUGGGACAUGGCACGGGCGGCAUGACACCCCGUCUGGGACAUGACACGGGCGGCAUGACACCCCGUCUGGGACAUGGCACGGGCGGCAUGACACCCCGUCUGGGACAUGACACGGGCGGCAUGACACCCCGUCUGGGACAUGGCACGGGCGGCAUGACACCCCGUCUGGGACAUGGCACGGGCGGCAUGACACCCCAUAUCGAUCUAGACUAA